UUUCUUGCUGUCAAUUUCUCCGCUACUACUAGUCUGUUUACUAGUGCUAAGUUUUACCAUCACCAUCCACCAACCCCUCUCUCUCUCUCUCUCGAGUCCCCAGCCAGCCAGCCAGCCUAUCCCCACCACUUCCACCGGCCUAGGUCGUCCUUCUCUUGGCCCAUCUGCUGCUCUUGCUGCUGGGGCCUUCUUUCUUUCUUUCUUUUUAUCUUUUCCAUUUUCUCUCCAUUUUUUUUUCUUCCAAAACUCCUUCUUAUUAAGCCUAAUUAAGCUUUAUUGGGGUGCUGGGUUGUGUUGGGGUUUAAUCACCUUUAUUCAUUCUUUCCUACCAAAAUUGACCACCCGAGAUUCCCCCAACCUCACUACAAAAUUCAAUGAGUUCUGGGUCGAGUUCUAGUCCCUCUGGAUUCCAAUUCCCCAAUUCCAGUUCCCCUUUUGGUGACACCACCUACACCAAGGUCUUUGUUGGGGGGCUCGCCUGGGAGACGCACAGCGACACCAUGCGCCGCCAUUUCGAUCAGUUCGGCCAGAUUCUCGAGGCCGUCGUUAUUAUUGAUAAGAACUCCGGCCGAUCCAAAGGUUAUGGCUUUGUGACUUUCCGCGAACCAGAGGCCGCUGCUCGGGCCUGUGCUGAUCCAACUCCAAUUAUCGAUGGCAGGCGCGCUAAUUGUAAUUUGGCUUCACUCCGGCAGUCCAGGCCACCUUUGCCUUAUGGACGUCCAAGACCAGCUUCUCCAUACAUUGGAGGCGUGCCAGCUACCCGUGGGGCUUACAUUGGAGGAUAUGGCUACCAGCAGCCUCUUUCUUACAACUAUCAACAAGGAUUAGUUUAUCCUCCAUAUGGUGCAUGCGAUUCAAAAUAUGCAAUGCCAUGUAGAUUUCCAAAAUCAGGAGACGAAAAAGUGAUAGUUGCAGAGGAUAUGUGCCCAGAUCAAUGUUUAUUGAACAGGUAUGCAACAUAUGGACCUGACUACACUUAUUCACAGGGUUUAUACAACCCUUAUGUGGGUCAGCAAUAUCUUCAAAUAUACGGACUUCCAGGGACAGCUAAUACUUCUCCUUAUCCUUAUGAACAACUGGGUCAAACCAUUCCUGGUGGUCAGGGUUAUCCAACAGUUCAUGGAUAUGCAAUGCCUGCUCAGCAGAUAAUCCAGUUUGGUGCACCCAGUGUUAAUGCAGUCACAACUUCCCCAGUCCCUCAAGUUCAAGCAGCAUAUCCUACGGGUAUGGUAGCAAGUGUUGUGGCACAACCACAUUUUAUAUUAUCUGCUCCUCCUCAAUAUAUGCAGGGUAGUGGUUCUGAGCAAAGAGCUGGGUGAGGGGUUGAUUAAGGUAUCCUUAGAUUGCAGCAGGACUAAAAGAAGCAAAACUGCUAAUUAAGCGGCAGGCUUCAGGUCGAGCCUUGGAAAUUUUAUUUUGCAUUCUAGAGGUCAUACAUAGUCAUGGUCACCAGAGAGGUCAGAUGUCAGUGUCACUCCAGAUGGCAUAGAAGGAUGGAGGAUGCCAGCUGCUCUUCCCUCCCAGUGCGACAUUAAUCCUCGGUGCAUCUAAACCCGUGUUACUCAGGAAAAGUGGCAGGUUGUCAUGGAUUGGUGGGUGCUAGAAGCAGGUUUCUAGCAGCCAGAUAGGACUAAAACAAGUCUGAAAAAACAUGUUAGAAUCAACGUAUGAUUCUUUUAUAGUCUGCCUUGUCCCGGCAUUUUGGGUGUAUAGUCUGGUGUCACGUGUUGGUGGGCGGCCCAUCACACGCGUAAUGUCAUUCAGGUAUUUGUGCAUACUAGUUAUAGGAUUUUCAUUCAACUCGGAAAAUCCUGUGAUAUAGAGAGUUAAGAGUGCCUGGCUUCAGAAGGGGAGAAGCUUCAGGCAUGUUCUGUUUAUUUGGAAAGAAAAAUUUUUGGGUGUAUUAUACAUAUAUGGUAAAACAGUGCCUCGCCUAUUGAUCCUUAUGAUUUGAAGGAUAUGCUUGUUUGUA